AUGGAGCGCGUUCGCCAGUCGGUCAAGCUCUCCGAGGAGUGGGACAUUGCAGAGGCACACAGAUCCCAAAUAGGUCCAGGAGAGGCCUUUGGUGCCUGGACGAGCAAGCCGCGGAUCCGCGAUCGCUGGAAUACGCUGCUCCGUCUGGUGGCGAAGCGGCGACACAUGCCCGACGUUUUCGAGGUGUGUGAUGCUAGAAGAGCCUGCUGGGUGCACGCAGAUCACAGCACCACGGAAUUCAUUGCUCGAGCAGCUGUUGCUACUGUGAAUAUGACUGGGUUGGUUGAUUCGUUUCAUGCUAUGCCUGCGCCACGAUUUCCAGAGGUGGUAUUCUUGGGCUGGUCGAACGUGGGCAAAAGCUCCUUGAUCAACGCCUUGUUGCAUCGUACAGCUGUCGCACCCGUCUCCAACAUGCCAGGUAAGACGACUCAAUUCCAUUUUUACUCGAUCAAUGAGAAGAAUGCAGCUUUUCCGCAGAUGACUCUCGUGGACGUGCCAGGCUUGGGUGAGGCGAUGGCAGACGAGGCGCAAACCAGGCACUGGAGGAGCACUCUGGACUUGUACCUGAAAAGACGAGGCAACAUGCUGCGGCAGGUCUUUCACCUCAUCAGCUGUGAGGUUUUGCUGCGCCGCAAGCGGCCGUCUCUUCUUGAUAUGGCGGUGAUGGAGAUGUGCCUCCGACACCGACGCGACAGUGAAUAUACAAUAGUGAUCACAAAGGUUGAUCUUAUCAAAAGUGAAGAAGCAAUGGAGACUGUUUUCCAAACCAUGCGACGUAUCUCAGCAAGAAUGUCAGAAAAACUCGGCAUUCGCCGCGUCAAGAUCAUUCCUUGCAGCGUGAAGCGCAUCCGCGGCCGCAUUCUUCUUUGGCGGAGACUUUGGAGGUCGGUGGACCCUGAGCUCACCUUGAAGGUCCGUCCAGCCAAAGAGCUGAAAGAGGUGCAGAAGGAGCUGGAUGCCAUGGUCGAGCAGGGCAAGAUCGAAGACCUAUCUGCCUUGGCGGAACAAGAACAACCAGUCCGUGAAGAGUCGUUGAACGGUUUGCCUUUUUCCUACCCACAGCUGAUGGCCUGUGAUUGGUUAAGUUCAAUAGUUUCCGUAGUAGACCUAGAUCUCAACUGA